AUGGAGGACAGCAACGUGCCUGCUCAUCAUGUGCAGAGGGAGUUCUGUACAACACGACCAGCGUACAGACAAGGCAGGGAGCUCAAAGCCGUCAAAGUGUACACAGUAAACAAUGAGUCAAAGUACCUACUGAUCCAGGGAGUGCCAGCCGUGGGGGCUGGGCAAGAGCUUAUUAAGCUGUGUGCCAUGUAUGGGGCAGUGGAGGAGUAUCGAGUCUUAGACGACUACCCCACCCCUGACAAGUUUACAGAAGUAUACUGGGUGAAGUUUACCAGAAUCCAGAGUGCCAGAUUUGCGAAACGCAAAUUGGACAACCAUUCCUUCUUUGGUGGGGUGCUCCACAUCUGCUAUGCCCCGGAGUAUGAAACGUUGGAGGACACCCGGGAGAAACUUCAGGAGAGACGCAAAGUGAUCGCAAUGAAGACACGUCAACAUGAAGCUACCUCAAACAGUUCUGUGGAUCCUUCAUCACAGGCUGAGCAAACUGAAACUGAAACUAAUAAUCCAGAGCUGGACCAGCCCACUUCUGCAGGAGCCCUGCCAGCUAUUGCUCAGCAGAAGGAACAGCAUAAAAUGGAGCUCAUACCCACACAGAUAGCCCCGCCUUACUUCACCUUGCAGAUCCCUCCCCCUCCUCAGGUCAUGUAUGCAGGGGGUCUCCCCCCACAGUACCAGCCCAGGACAUUUGAUCACGCCCGUGCACCAUCAUCACAUGCCACUCUACCACAUGGGUAUGAUCCAAGAAAACAUAAUCCUGGCUUGCAGGAGUUAUCUCCCUUUAGUAGUUCCAAAGCAGUUGACAGUAUCAAGCAGGAUAUCUCCACACAGAGUUUACAGCUAAAGAACAAUAAACCCAGCACAACAUAUUCAGAUGUCAAGCCAAGAGAUGGUGAUACGCACAGGCUUGAGGGUGGUAAAGCUUCAGUACCAAGUGAUUUAGCCAACUCAAAAACUAAAGUUGUGGUGAAAGAUUUCAUAAAGUCUGGAGCCGUGCCUAAAUUUGUUCCUCGGCAAGCUGAAGCUGCAAUGAAGCGACUAGGCCAGAGUGUUUUGAAGGGAGAGUCAGACAAACUGGGGCAGCAGAUUCGGCGUCACGCGGUGACACUUCAGGACAAGGCCCAGGGGCCUAGGCUACCUGAUGGGCGUGUCCACAGUCAGGAUCCUCUACCCCCUGAGGACGUGUCUGUUAACAAGAGUGUACAGGAAAUUAGGAGAAAACUCACUCAGUUUUCUGAGGGUCAGCCCCUGAAGAAGAAGAUAAAACCCAGCUGACCCUUGGUAUAACCACCAAGAGACGAACAUUGUUAUCGGGAUAUCAGCAAUAAAAAU